AAAUAUCUAUUAACGUUACAUGUCGCCAUGGAUAAGUAGGCGAUUAGAAAAGACGGACCACAGUACGUUAGGCAUAUACUGCAACAUACGAUAAGGUGCGUCGUUUCGCUACAUUACGGUAACUUAUAUACGUAGCUUGCGUCUGGAUAUUCCUCCCAAAGAAUUCUAUUCGGUCGGUCGGUGGGUGGUAGCUAGCUAGCCGUUUAUUCUUUUAAAAAAAAAAGGAUUUGUGCUAAUGGUGCGGUAACCACGAUGACUUCCUUGGGAGACUACGGAAAGCAUCCAACGUUGGCGGCCCCACGAGAGCUCACUCAAAACCCGCUAAAGAAAAUAUGGAUGCCUUGCAAAAAUGGCCUUCCAGAAAAUAAUAUUUCUCAAAGAAAGGUGUGUAUGACCAACUGCCCCACGCUCAUUGUAACAGUGGGCCUCCCUGCCAGAGGAAAGACCUACAUCUCCAAGAAGCUGACCCGCUAUCUGAACUGGAUUGGCGUGCCCACCAAAGAGUUCAAUGUGGGCCAGUACCGACGAGAGUGUCUCAAGAUCUACAAGUCCUUUGAGUUCUUCCGUCCAGACAAUGAAGAAGGCCUGAAGAUCCGCAAGCAGUGUGCGUUGGCAGCACUGAACGAUGUCCGGCAGUACCUUGGAGAAGAGGGAGGGCAGGUGGCGGUGUUCGAUGCCACAAACACUACAAGGGAGAGGAGAGAGACCAUCUUAAGGUUUGCAGAACAGAAUGGCUAUAAGGUGUUUUUUGUAGAGUCUGUGUGUGAAGACCCCGAUGUCAUCGCAGAGAACAUUGUGCAAGUGAAGCUUGGAAGCCCAGACUAUACGGACUGCAACACUGAGGAGGCAGUAGAGGACUUCAUGAAGAGGAUAAAGUGCUAUGAAAACUCAUACCAGACACUGGAUGAGGUCUUGGAUAGAGAGCUGUCCUACAUCAAGAUCAUGGAUGUGGGCCGGCGGUACCUGGUGAACCGGGUCCUGGACCACAUCCAGAGCCGCAUCGUGUACUACCUGAUGAAUAUCCACAUCACGCCCCGCUCCAUCUACCUGUGCCGGCACGGCGAGAGCGAUCUCAAUGUCAGGGGCCAGAUCGGCGGUGAUUCUGGGCUGUCUGUACGUGGCAGAGAGUUUGCAAAGUAUUUGGGGAAGUUCAUCCAGGACCAGAACAUCCCAGAUCUGAAGGUGUGGACCAGCCAGAUGAAGAGGACCAUCCAGACGGCCGAGGGACUGGGGGUGCCUUAUGAGCAGUGGAAGGCCCUCAACGAGAUUGAUGCAGGUGUGUGUGAGGAGAUGAGGUACGAGGAGAUUCAGGACCACUUCCCUCUGGAGUUCGCCCUGCGGGAUCAGGACAAGUACCGCUACCGCUACCCCAAGGGGGAGUCUUAUGAGGACCUGGUACAGAGGCUGGAGCCGGUCAUCAUGGAACUGGAGAGGCAGGAGAACGUGCUGGUCAUCUGUCACCAGGCUGUGAUGCGCUGCCUUCUAGCCUACUUCCUGGACAAGUCCGCAGGGGAGCUGCCUUACUUGAAAUGCUCUUUGCACACGGUACUAAAACUCACGCCAGUGGCUUAUGGCUGCAAGGUGGAGUCCAUCUCCCUGAACGUGGAAGCGGUGAACACCCACAGAGAAAAACCAGAGAAUGUAGAUGUGACCCGCUUGGCAGAGGAGGCUCUGCUCACAGUGCCAGCCCAUCAGUGAGGGAGACAGUCGGUCUCUUGUCAUUUACACGUCUCAUUCGUAAAUAAGACACAGUUCAGGGAUUCUCAGAAAACUGUGGUUAUUAGUAUGGAAAGUUACUAUAUAAUGGAGAUAUGAAUGCCACUGAAUAUGCUGUUUAGUAUUUUAACUUGAAUGGCAAUUUUAAGUGCAAUGAGACUGAGAGGGUAAGUGAGAGCUCAAGUCUACAGUUAAAUACACUACAAAAUCAGUUAUAAAAUGUCAAUUUUUGUCUACAUGUUCAUUACGAAGGUUUAGGUUUUUAUUUUUAAUUAAAAACUGCUUAUUUCUGUGUAUUUAGUAGCUCAUGGUUCAGUGUGUUGUAUCUGUGAAGGGUGACCGAAACAGUGUAGUCUACCUCAUAAUAUUUUGUUAUAAGAGUUUGUUUUUAAGGUUACAAUCAAAUGUUUACAGCAGAGAGUAGCAAAGAAAAUAGGAGGUUGGUGGGGGGCAUAAUGGAGUGGAAUUUGGAUGUUGAAUGAAACUUGAAUAUCUUGCUUUUUUUAUGUGUAUUUUUUCUUUUCUUUUUUUUAUACAUUAUUUUUUUAACCCCCCUAGGUAAUGGAACCUGGUGAUUGUGUUGCAUGUUACAGUGCUGUAAAACGUUCUGCUCCAACCACUGCUACUGAUUCAGGAGAGUGCAGACAACCACGUGCUAAUGUUAAUAUACAUCGCACUACAGAGGAUGCCUUGCAGACAGUCCCGCCUCACCUCUGACCCUUGACCUCUGCCAGCUGUUGGAGCUCUUGUGCUCCCUCUCAGGGACCGUCAAUACUCCCAUGAUUGGGAAAACACCCCCGUCCCCCCUCCCAUCCACACCCUUCACCUGAUCUGGCAGAUCCAGGGUAGGGACAUCUUUUUCCUUCUUUCCUGUCCAAAGAGUGGUAACCUCCUGUAGCCUUGGUUACACUGUCAAUUAUUGGUCAAAUCUUGACUGGACAACAGUGUAUUUUUGUACACUGGGUUCUGAAAAGGAGGAAGAAUUCUGGGUUAAGAACAAGCUGGGAGGGGAAUCUAAGCCACUCUGGGUUUAAACCUCUUUUGUGUUUUGUGUGAAUGUGUGACGAUUUUUGGACCACCAGUUUUUCCCAAGUCACACAAAAACAGGACCCAAGCACUUCAGUCAAUCUGAGCGCAACUUCCUAGAAACAUAAGCGGUACCUUCAUGAACGGACACUCUCGUACGUUUAUGGGAAUUCUUGUCAUGUUCUGUUUGCACUGAAAUGGCUAUUCUGUUGUAUUAUGACCUUUUAGAAGGCUUGUAGAAGGUAACUGAUGCACAUUAAUAUAUUUCUGAAUUAAGUCGAUGUGACUCCUGUGAUUAUCUGUGGUUCACAAGCCCUUAAUGUCCUUUCUGGAGGAGAAAGCAGGGGCAGAAGUUUUAUGAAGUGAGAAACUUGCUGCUCUGUGAAAACUGCUGAAGGAAAUGUUUUGACUUCCUGCUGAAUGGGCCUUCUAUCAUUUGUGGAUUUUUUAAAUGCAACUAUAGUUAUAUUUGUCUGCACUUACUGUUCAUUCUAAAAUAUUUAAGGUUUAAGUGAUUUGGGAUGAAGACAGUUAUCACAAUUUAUUUGUUGAAAAACAUUUGUUGUCAGUAGAGAUCAGUGGGAAAUAAGAUUGCUGCUUGAAAUCUCGAGACAAUUGAAGUGACGCCAGACUAGCUCUGAUGGAGUUGUUGAUUUCAUCAGGCAGAGUCAUUGCUACUGUUUACCAAAUGUAUCAUCUAGAGUGAGCUAAACAUGAUCUACAGUGACAUUCACACACUACUCUGUUAAACUCAUUUGUAAAUGAUUAGUAAAUACAGUAUCAUUGGAAAACAAGUCACAAGGUUUCAUAAGUGUAUCCUUUUGGCCAUUGUGGUACUUCUAGGAAAUCCUAAUAGGAAAUUCCUUUUUAUUCUAAGUGUUUAUUAUAUAAAAAAGUGAAGAGCAAAAUGUCUAUCAGAUUGGUGUGUUGUGAGUAGAUUAGCAAUUUCUUGAUUUGUAACUCACGGACCACCUAGCUAUCAACUUCUUAAUUGCAGAACAGUUGUCUGGUAUUUUCCCCAAUAAUGCACCAUUGCUGUAGCACCAGUUUAAAACCUGUUGGAAUCUCUUGUUGUAAAGCUGUAAAAAAAAAAAAAAAACCCAAAAAAUGUGUUUUUGUGUUACCACAUGAGUUUUUUCUUUUUU